AUGACAUCCCACAGUGUCUGUAGGGCAUGGGCCCCAGUAUUCUCUUCGAUCCUUCACCGACAAGAUAUAUGCCAGAAGGAAGCUGCGACAGGCACACAUUGCCAUGUUGACGAUCCUGUGAAGGUGAAAGACGGUGGGAUAACCAGCCAUAUAUACGCCUAUCUGCGAGCAAUGGAGCGUGAAGGGACAUGGUAUGCUGUUGACGCAUGGAUCACGGAUCUUUCGGGCCGCGAGAGACUCGCAGAAUCCACUUUCCUUGUUCCUGCCAUGGAGCCCGAACUUGACAUUGAGAAUUAUACAUGGGAGUGGGAUAUGCUCCUGAGGAUGUUCGUUGUUUGCUGUGUCCAACCUGAAGCGGCGUCGAAUGUCGCAAUCAUUGGAACAGUCAAUGAAGAGCAUGAGCGGGACUCUGGCAGCGGUGGGCAAACAGUGGAGGGCAGUGGUAAUGGGGAAGACCAUUAUAGGAAUGCAGACAUCUUGAUUGACAGGGAAUCUCGUGCCAGCCAACAAGAACCUGCCAUGGACCGCGAGCGUAUCGACGCUCUUCUGAAACCCGAAAACUUCAACUGGGCAGAUGAGGACGAUGAUGAAGUCUCUGAAGAGACUCUGCAUUCGCAAUCUCAAGUGGAAACAGAUGCAGAACCUAUCCGCGUCAAUAUCCCAGGGGGGCCUCUCAUUGUUGACUCAUCCCAGAUUCGCUGCCAGACACCUGAACCGGGGCAAGAAUCGCAAACUCGCGAAGACGAAGACCCCUUUCCUGUCUCGCAUGUAGAGGAGUCAGAGGACCAGAUGCUCCGAGCGAACGUUGAAGCCGAAUUCAGUUACCGCGACCAAAUGACCGCAUGGGCAUCGACGACGGGAUGGAAUAUCCAUCAUUUUAACUGGUUCGGCGAGGCAGUGUACGAGUACAGUGAUACGCCGCCAGCAGUAUCACUCUGGUACAUCGUGUCUGAGCCAAAGGUGUCACGACUCUAUGAUGAGAUGAGGGUGCAAGCGAUUCUGACCAGAGCCCUGAAGUUCAUCGAUCCAGUGGUAUAUUAUGGGCGAGAUUGGCGAGAUCUGCGCCGUCGGGGCCAGGACUUUAUCCGGACAGUGACAGGAAAUGUCUUCAAGUGCUAUACGCUGCAUGGAAUGUGGAGGGAAGAUCAGAAUCACUUUGAUGAGGGAACGCGGAUGGACGAAGGAAUCAUGGAGAGUUAUGGAACUGAGGAGUAUGUGAUCGCCAACGGUUUCACUGUGCACCCAGCAGUAAUGAAUAGGGCCGAGCGAGCGAAUGCUCAGAAAUCACUUUUUGAACGGCAGAGAAGUAUCGACCCGUGGCGACAUAGUAGCAUCGUGAGGCAAAGUCGAAUAUAUGCUCUCUCACCCUUGAGGUCUUGCACGAGUGUGGACGAGAAGUGGGACGAUGAGGAUGAGAUCGUGAACAACACUCCUGCCAUCGACAAUGGACUAUAUACCAUCACAGAGGAGCUUGGAGAAAGGAAUGGCACUGCGGUUUCGUCUGCCCGGGGAAUUGUUGCUCACACUGAGCGUCCAUAUCUUCAAGUAGAAAACAUAUCGGGCUCAACUUCAGCAGGAGACCUAGAAAAUAAUCAAGUCCUCAACAAUUACCUGUCUUCAUCUCUGCAAGUCGUUCCUGGUGAUCACAAAUGUCCUCCAGAUCCCCACAACGUCCCCCGGGGCAGGGUACGUUCGAAGUUCCACAGUCUGCCUAAGCUCGUUACACCAUUUUCGUCUGUUGCUGCGUCACUAGACUCCAGCGAAGAGAAAAUGGUUCGACAGGAGAAUUCUGAUGUCGACCCUGAUAAUGACGCCGAUGCUCGAGGCGUUUCAAAACAGGUCAUGGUUGAAAAGCAGAACCCCGUCAGCGGAGUGUUACAAGCAAAGAAGCUCGAGAGUCCUCCAGAUCCUCACAACAUCCCCCGAGUCAGGGAACGUUUGAAGUGCCACAAUCUGCCUAAGCUCAUUACACCGCUUUCGUUUUUGCCUGCCGUUGUGUCACCAGCCGUUGUGUCACCAGCCAUUGUGUCACCAGCCAUUGAUCCAAAGGAUGUGCACAGCCAUGACCAGGGCGGACACGACAAUCUAGCCGAAGUUCCUGGUCUCGUUUCACCUCAGCGCGAAUGUAAACCAGUACUGUCCUCCUCAACUGGCACCGUUAAUGACACUGAGUUAGUUGGGUCGACAUCUGAAAAUCCUGUCCAGACAGAAGGGGGUCAGCCAAUAACAAAGUGGUCGGGAGACGGUCUUGAGGAAGAUGUCAAAUCAACACAGAGUCGGCAACACAAGCCACGCUUGAGCUGGAAACGCUUCGCUGGCCACAUAGGUAGGGUGUUCGGCACCGAAACAUCAGCCGAAGCAGCAAAGGUACGACCAGGACAAAAGUUGCAGAACACGCCGUCCACCCCUGGAGCAAAAUCACCAUCAAAAAGCAAGCCACAUCACUACAUACGAAGAGCGGUCGAUUCCAUUCUGGAAAGAUUGUUCGUAUCCUGUUGA